AUGGUCAAGUCUGACAUCCCCUCUGGCUCAAAGUCCAAGGGAAAAGGAAAACCCAAAUCAAUCCCAUCGGUCGAUGUGACACCAGCCAAAAAGAAGAGACUUGUCCGUCCAACCAGACAUACAAAAGAAGUGAUCGAUCUCACUGGCGACAAUGAUGCCGACCUCCACAAGGACAAUGAUCUGGUGGUCACGAGCGAUACCUUUUUUUCCGGACUUGGAGAAUCCGAAGCUGGUCCAAGCUCCAUUCCUUACACUCCUGAAUGUUUCACGCCGAUGAGAUCCAUUGUCUCUAGCAUCAGCCUCGUUUCGUUCAUGACGACGACCCUUGACACCACUGUAAUAUCAAACGAAACGGUAGUAGAAGAGAAUGUGACCAUUGCGGGUCCAGCAACCUCAUCAAGCACCGAUCCCCUCAUUCUCCCUUAUGAACCUUCAGAAACUUUAAAGUUUCCUCCAGUCGUCUUAAAUAUAAACCCUACACUGGCUGCGAAAGGGAAGAUACAAGCGGAGGAGUCGUAUGUGGAAGAGAAAGAAGACACAUUAUUGUUACCUGGACAUGUCACCCUCACCUCACCUCCUGGAUCAGAUAGAGGGGAUGAAAAUGAAGAUAUGGAAGGUCUACACUUUGUAGAUGAUGAUGUUGCCAAAGGCGUACCCCGAUACUUUGAUACCACUCCAAACACUCCUCAAACGGAAGAAGCAGCUUUUCUGGCUUCUGCCACUCGGUCAAAGAUAUGUCAAAACUGUAAAAGACCGGGACAUAGAAUGAACGCUUGUCCACAUACCAUAUGUACACUUUGUGGAAAAGAAGACGAUCACGAGAGACGUUUCUGUCCAAUUGGUCUUGUAUGCUUUAAUUGUGGUCAACGGGGGCAUAGAAUCUCAGAAUGCGAGGAACCAAGUUCAAAGACAUCGAGAAGACAUGGAUGUGCUAAAUGUGGAAGUAGAGAUCAUAUGGCUGCAGUGAGACAUUUAUCCCGUGGAUGUCCAAGUGUCUGGAGAGUUUAUUCGUAUCUUUCUAAAAAGGCUAGGGAAGCGAGUCGAGAAAAGAAAGCUCGAGUACAGGGUUGGGCGAAGGAGGCUGUGGGUGGAGAUGCGUACGAAGAGUGGUGUUAUAACUGUGCUCAACAAGGGCAUCUUGGUGAUGACUGUCCCUAUCGCAGAGGUUCUGUUUCACGUCUUACCGUCCCUUCAGCCUUCUCACGUCAAACCGCUUCACGAGGUCCAUACGGUAGCAUCGCUCUUCUCUCACACACUCCUAGAUCAACCGCUACACCAACUCACAAUCGAUUCCGUUCUUUCUCUCCUGACGAAUCUCCUCUUCCUUUCCUCCAACCUUCCAACGUACCCCUGGAAGUGGGUAGGAAAAGCAAAGAGAAAACCCGUCAGCGACUCCAAGCUUUGGCGAACGAACAGUCUAUCUCACACGAUUCAGACAUUGACGAUUGGUUCGAUCGUCCUCGACAUUCGUCUACCCUUAAACCUUCCGACGGUGUGGGACAGUCAAGAGGAAAGGGAGAAGAGAAAGAAGACACAGCCUUCAGUCAUAAGAGGUUUAUGAGUAAAUUGCCUAGUUCAGGACCAAGAAUGAUCUUUGGACAUCUCACAGGACCUGGUUUGGAAAAGACGAAAUCGACGUCACAGAACAGUAAGCCACCGAAUCGACAUGAAGGAUCGCCCGGAUCUGUUCCUAAAAGGACUAAGACGCCUUUGGGGAGAGUGAAGGAACAGGAUCACAGACCACCCAGUCCGCUGAGUGAGACGGGGGAUAAGAAACGGAGUGGGGAGAAUGGGGUAAAGCGGCGGAAAUCAAAGGACAAGGAGAAAGAUAGGGAUUGGGAAGGAGAAUGGAGAGCCAAGGGAUUCGGAGGCGGAUCUGUUAUCGGGUGGGAUGAGGAGUCGGAUAUCGACGUCAAGGCACGAGGUGGCAAGGAUACAACUACACAACCUCACAAGACUAGACAAAGAUAUCGAGGAGGGUAUUGA